UGGUUUUGCACGUCUUGGAAUUGGGACAUUUUCUCACAACAAGACGUAACUUUACACACCAUAACCACCACCAUCAUCCAUUUGACAUUAGAGGUUAGGUGCUAGUUGUGUUUUCGCACCGUCAUUUGAACCAAACAAAACUGCCCCAAAAUGGCUUUAGCCGAGAUUUGCGGAAUGUCGGACUUCGACACCUUCAGACGCGAAGCCCCCUUCGACAACGAAAUCGCCAAAAUGAGCAACAACUUCACCCACAACACUUUGCUCAGCGUACCCCCCUAUUCUAACCCGGCCGAGAACCUGGCCUACUUCUCGAAGGACGAGUCAGGUCGGGACAUCAAAAUCAAGUUUGACCACGGCACCACCACGCUGGGGUUCAUGUACAAGGGGGGCGUAGUGCUCGCCGUGGACUCCCGAGCCACGGGGGGCCAAUUCAUCGGCUCCCAAACCAUGAAGAAAAUCGUCGAAAUCAAUGAUUUUCUCCUGGGGACUUUGGCCGGGGGCGCCGCUGACUGUGUGUAUUGGGACCGCGUCCUGGCUAAGCAGUGCCGCAUGUACGAAUUACGCAACCGGGAGCGGAUUUCGGUCGCAGCCGCCUCGAAACUGAUGGCCAACAUGGUGUAUAAUUACAAGGGGAUGGGGCUGUCAAUGGGCAUGAUGCUGGCAGGAUGGGACAAAAGGGGGCCCCAGCUGUAUUACGUGGAUUCGGAGGGGACCAGAACCCCUGGGAAAGUCUUCAGUGUUGGCUCGGGCUCCAUUUAUGCGUUUGGCGUCCUGGAUUCGGGGUACAAGUGGGAUUUGACGGAUGAGGAGGCGUAUGAUUUGGGGCGCCGGUCGAUUUACCAUGCCACCCAUCGGGACGCCUAUUCUGGUGGUAUCGUCAGGGUGUACCAUAUGAAGCCGACCGGCUGGGUGCAUAUUGAUAACAACGACUGUAUGGACUUGCACUACAAAUACCAGGACGAGAAGUUGCAGGAAAUAAAUAAGGUUUAGCUUUGUAAUGAAUUAAAUUGAAUAAAUUUUUUUAACAUA